GUCCAACAGUCAACAGACUUCGCAGUAUCUCCUUGUACAAGUAUCUCUAACCUCAGCCCUCUCUCAGUGGAAAAACGGUGGAGCAACCCGUCAAGGGCUCAACGGUUUUGUGAGAGCUUUCUUCUCAUGCAGCAGUCAGCUUCCUCCUUCGCGAAAGUAAAAAUCAGAUCAAUUCCGAUUUGGGACUCCGAGCAAGGGUCUACGAUGAGACAAGGGGGCUCUCUUACGCCGGUGUCAACCCCGCCAUUUCUCUCGUCCUUCACUGGGCAUUGGGAACCACAGGAACCCAAGGACCGGGGAGCCAACCCCACAUUCCGUGUCUUGGAUUUGGAGCUUCUGUCGGCGAGGGCGCAGCUGAGAAAGAGAGAGAGAGAGAGAGAGAGAGAGAGCGAACCCAACUUGUCCACACAGUCGCAUCACACGGAAAGAACCCGAGAUUUCCUCGUGCUGCAGAAGCCUGCAUGCCAGAGGACGGCUGGCUUUUGCUGGUUAGUUACUGGGAAAGCUGCAACUCUGCUGCUCGGUUUGCUCUUCGGCAGCACGUGGAAUUAUGCAACGCGGCAGCGGCAAUCCCGAUUCAACCUUCACGGGAGGGUUGGGGCGAGAAUCUCGAGCCAAGAUUUGACACAGGUUUGUUUGUCGUCAAGUCAGGCGGUCGAAGAUGUUCUCGAGUUCUGCCAGCAGCUUUUUUUCUGCCCUAUCGUUAUUCAGGGCCUUUUUCAAACUGCAGCUAACUAGGACAAACAAGGGCUAGACUGGAGACAUUCCCAACGCUCUCCUGAGCUCCGGCGCAGUCCCAAGACGGAAGGCAGGACAUCGGGGACCUCACGGAUCGAAUGCCGGCGACCAACACCCACAAGGGACUCACAAUUACCUCAGCAGGCCAUCCCCUGGUGCCGCCUCACCGGCAAACUUCACAUUAAGCGGGGCACCGCAAAGCCCAGCAAAGGAGGAGCAACAGAUG